CAUGAUGGGACCGAUAAACCUUAUUUGCACAUAGUCACGUUCUUCAUUUUCCCUUUUGGAAUCAUUAAUUUAGUACUGUGCAAUAUCUCAUUCAACUGAAUCACCUAUUAUUUGAAUUAUGUUAUGGCUUUACUGAAGUUUGGAAGAACGCAAGACAUCUCUUUGACAGUAGAAAAAUCUGAAAAGUUGGAUUUUAAUGUUUCACCAAGUGUUCAUAACUUCCUCUCUUUAUCACCAACUGCAUCAACUAGAGGUAAAUAUAAACGAACAAAAAAGCUGAAGAACCAGUCUUCAUGUACCACUGAUCCACACCCAACUUCUAUGAUGGCAAAAGAAAAGAAAUAUUCAAAUCGUACAAGUGGACUAACUCCAAGUGCCAAACGUUUGCACAUGAGCUGUUCUGCGUCAGCUUCACCCAUAAAGUCAGUAAUAAUCCAUAAACGUCCAACACGAUCCCAGUCAAGUAGCCCUUGCGGAAAACUUAGAACUCAUUCCUUGGGUAAUAACUCAUAUGAUGUUUGUUCUGUUCGUCUACACAAAUCGACUGACAAUGAAUGCAUUUUAUCGGACUCAUCAUCCAUUGUACCCAGUCCAAACAUAUUUUCGAAUGGGAUUUUUGACUUCACAAUGUGUGAUCAAUGUUCUGAUUUACGAUCUCAAUCAUUAGAUUCUUGGAUGGAUCAUUUAGGUGAAUUACAUCCUAUACCAGUUCAUUGGCCAAGUUCACGUGCUGAUCGUCUUAGUGAAAAAGAAAAAAAAUAUCCUUAUACCGCAGUUGUUGGCUCUAACAAAAAACGUAAAGCAUCUGCGAUUCCUCGACCGCUAAAUAGUUUUAUGAUCUUCGCCCAAUACCUUCGAAGAAUCAUACUGCACUGGUUCCCCGAUGCACCUAAUGUACACAUAAGUCAACGAGUGGGACAACUAUGGAAAAAACUAGAUUUGAAAAUGCGUGGUAAAUACAUAGAUGAAGCUUUUCGCUUGCAACAGUUACAUGCCAUAGAAUUUCCUGACUAUAAGUAUAAACCUAAAAAACGUGCACGUAAUGUAAAUAGCGAUGACAACAAAAUUGAAGCUGAUGAAUGUAUUCCCAAGUCAGAAAUUGUCGUACAAAUUACAUCGAAAUCGAUUACGCCUAAUAACAACAAUAAUUCUAAAAUGAACUGUGAGAAUGUUGCAUUUCCCGUUGAUCAAAAUUUUUCCACUCGCUUGAACAAUCAAAAUAUUGAUGAAAAUCAUGCUCAAAGCCAAACGCCAAUGAUAAUUGAACAAAACCGAACAUCUGUUGUUAACUCUAUCAAUUGCUGCAGAAAUUACUUACAACCAAAUCCACAGGUAAAUAAUAAAUUGAACAUGGAAUUAUCCCAACCAGUAAAAGUAGAUUAUAAUUUUUCCCAUGCGACACGUGUUAGCAAUCCAUAUGACAAAAGAGUGUUCAUAUCCCCUGCCAUAAAUGACAACUAUAUUUCUAAGGAAAAUAAAGAAGUCGACGAAACAAUGGCAUUAUUAGUUACUGAUAGUGGGGACAUCGAACAUGUAACUUAUCAAUUGCAUAAAAUCAUACCAUGUCAAACUAUUGACGGAAUAACUGAAUCCCUGAUAUCACCAUCGUCACUAAACCAGGGAAAUCAAAUCAAGGAAAUUCGAAUUUUGAAUAUACAGUCACCAACUGUUCAACAACUUGUAAAUGAACAACCAAUGAUAUAUCGUACUUUCCUGUGUGAACCUCCCAAAGCGACUUUUAUUAGGCAGUCUACAGUAAUCCCAAUUAAAACAAAUUCCUCAAUGCUAAAUGGCAUGCUGCUGGAUACUAAUAUGAAUAAUUUAAGUUUUCAGCCAUUCAUUACACAAACGACUGACAGCACUACAUCAUACUUACCUCCGACUUCCUCUAAAAUUGGAUUUAAUCAUGAUAAAGUAAAUUCUAAUCCUUUGUCGGAAAUCAAACUAGGAAAUAUUGAAUCUCAAUAUAACAACUUUCCGAGCACCUGUAAUCAUAAUAUAAGUUAUCCAAGAGAAAGACUAAGUACAAAAUAUGUUAGAAAGGACAGUCAGGUGUUAAAUUCUAAACAAGAUAUUAGUGAGGAAAAUAAGUCUGCUACUACUGAUUUAUAUGGUAUUGAUGAGAAAUUUCUCGGUGUGUUAUCCAGUCGUCAUACAAAUACGUCCCUAUUCGUGGAGAACCUAAAGUCAAAGUAUGAAGACGAAAAUGUCGAUACAGCACUCAGUUUUAAUGAUAUUGAAACAUGCAAGUCAGGAACUUCUCUUGACGAACUUGAACAGAUCACUUUAUUUUCUUGUGAUAGUAAUAACGACUUCUUACAAACUAUACACUCUUCGAAUCUACCAACUGAAAACUCCCCAUUAAUUUUACAGUCUGCAAGUAUUAAUAACUGCUCACAAACAAAACUAUCGCCUGAAGACUCAGUCUUACGUACAGAUAACUUCACGCACCCUAACGGCUUGCCAAGUAUUGAAUCAUGGACAUUUGGAACAUCAAAGUCUUUCCAACGAAGUUGA